ACAAUCUCAGAUAUGGCUUGGAAGGAGUCGGAUCUUUGUUGGCCGAAUCGAAAGAUAAGUCACAAUUUAUUUCACUUGUUUCAGUUCGCGUUUACGUUUACGGCGAGCUCGACACGACUUGGCGCUUCUUUUUUAUUUUUAUUUGAGUUGAACGGUUUCGUGAGACUUUCACCGAAUCCACCGGUUUAACGUCUUCUGGUAAAAUUUUGUUCACCAGCGGUUCGCAGGUGGAUGUUAUUUCUUAGAUUUUGCGGAUAUUUCCGGUAUAGGUACAACAUUUGAUCUUCAUGUAAAAAAUCAACAGAAUGUCUAUCAAUAACAGAUACGCAAUGUCGUUAAAUAAGACUAAUUCCAAUGGAAACUCAAGUAUACCGUUAAGGAGGCAAUACAACAAACAAUUUUCAUCACCAAGCAAUAUGUCGAAAAUUCCAGUUACAGAAAGUCAGGCGUUAAGAUGGAAAAUGAAAUAUGAAGAAGCUGAAGAGAGGAGGAAAGUUAUUUUGAUAGAAAAAGAAAAAGCACUUAGAAGUUUGGCGGACAUUGAAAAAAAACAUUUAAAUUUGCAAAUAAAACACGAUUAUUUAGAAACCGAAUUGUUUGAAAAAAACGAAGAAUAUACCAAAUUAUCAACGGCUUCUAAAAAUUUGUACAAAGAAUACGAAACACUGAAGAAUCAAUAUGAAACAGAAACCAGGGCUAUGUCUGGAGCUCUUAAAGAUGCCACGUUGUGGUAUAGGGAAAACAAAGAACUGAAAAGAAAAACUCUGCUUUUAAUGGAUAAAGAUGCUGUAGAUGAAGGCGUCGAUGCAGGGGAAAACGAAUCAAACUCUGAAAGCGAUAUAGAAAAUUUGAAUAAAACCAUCAAACAGCUUAGUACCGAAGUAGCCGAACUACAGACCGAACUGGACAGUUCGAGGCAAACCGAAUUUCAGACUUCCGAAGAAAACAUUCGAUUAUCUGAAGAAUUGGAAUUAGAGAAACAAAAGAAUGUCCAAUUGGAACACGAAUUUAGAGAAUUGAAAAAAGAACAUGAACAAACUUUGAGGAUAAUGGAGAUGAUGAAAAACGAGAUGAAAGAUCUGCAGAUGUUAGAAGAAGAACAUAGAACGAAUUUAGCCAAUAUAAAGAAAGAAUGCGAUGUCCACAAAAGGGAAAGGAACGUUUUGAAGCAUCAGAGCGCUUUAAUAAUGCAAGGAUUACAUGAAAGUGAAGAUUCUGAAAAAUCUUUAUUAUUAUUUCAAGAGAUAGAAGACUUGAAGAGGACAUUAGAAGACGAAAGAAAUAAAUUCGAAGAAGAAAUUAGUAUUCUUCAGGAUCGUUUGGAUCACCAAGAUCAGCACGCUCAAAUUGAGGUACUCGAAGAACAAUUGAAAUUAGUAGAAUCAGAACUGCAAGCUGCUAAAGAACGAGCAGAUCGAGCGGAAGAGAAACUUAAAGCCCCUCCUGCACCACCUCCGCCACCGCCGCCACCUAUGCUACCUCCUCCUUGCGCUGUUCCCCCUGUUGUCCCUCUGAGACGUAGAAGAAGUAAAGUUGCACUUUCGGAUCUCGCCGAAUGCAUAGGAGUACAAGAGAAUGCAAACCCCGAAAAAAAAUCUGCCCCUGGUGUUAACGAAGAUAUAAUAAAUGCUAUAAAAGCUGGACAGUUUACAUUAAGAAAACCCAAAAAAGAUAAAGAAAAACAAGAUAAAGAACAACCAAAAGCGGUUGAAGAAAUACUAAAUAUACUGCAUAGCCUGAAGAGAGCUCCUAAAAAGAGACAAAGUCAAUGUAUUGGAGAUGUGCAGUUGUAAAAUAUUUGUCCAACGUUAACCAAAUUAGAUAUUAAGUUGUAUUGCAUAUUGUAUAUGUAUUAAAUAUUAUAACGCAUUUUUUAUAUAUUUUUGUUACAUAAUAAAGUUUUACAACUAUA